CGUCCCUCGUUCCGCGAUGUCACCCAAACAGAAAAGGGGGAACUAUUGCUGCGUCGUCAACUGUCACAAUAGCCGUGCAAACACGAAGGGGUCGACUCCACCAGUGAAAUUCUACCGAUUCCCAAACAGAUGGUACGAAAAAAGCAGACGACAGGAAUGGAUUAAAGCAGUGCGCCGAGAAAACGCCGACGGAAGUGUGUGGUUGCCAAAAGCUUGGACAAUUAUUUGUAGCAGACAUUUUGUGGGAAACUGCAAAAACGACUCAAGUCUGCACCCGUCGUAUGUGCCGACAGUGUUUCCAGCGGCUUACAAGAAACGGGCUCCUCACGCAGAAACGGCGCAAAGGUCUAUCCUGAUUCCGUGUUGUGCGUCGGUGGCGUACGACACUCAGAUUUCUGACAUGCUGCCUGUGAAUAAAGUGGCUAAUACAGGAAUGGUGCAAAAGAGAUGUCUCUGUGGUCAAGUGGCCAACAUGGAUGCUGCAAGCCAGGUGCCAGGCUGGAAAGUGCGCCGAGAGGUGUCUAUACAGUGCAACUUGCUUCCUCCGCCUGCCCCUCCUCCUCUGAUAUCUUCUGAUCCUGGAGGUGCAAAGUCAUCACGAGCAUCGAGUCAGAACGACUCGCAUUUUCUGUCGAGGAAGGCAGUGGACCAGCAUAGUGGAACAACUGAAUCUUCCAAGAAAGUGAGCAGCAGCAGUGGGAUAACUGACAGUGCCGAGAAAGUGGGCAGCUGUAGUGGAGCAACUGACGGUGUCACGAAAGAGAGCAACUACAGUGGAGCAACGGACAAGCCCGAGAGAUUGGGCAACUAUAAUGGGGCAGCUAACAGUGCCGAGAAAGUGAGCAAAGGUAGGGGAGGAUCUGACGGUGCCAAGAAAGUGAACAUUGUCAUUGAGCCUACAACGAAAGUGGAGUGGCUACACUGCGAACUGUGUUCUUUCACAACGAAAUCAAAGUACACAUUGAGGGACCACAUGUUGGCUCACAAGGGCGAUAAGUGCAUCCAAUGCCCCAUCUGUUUAGCGAAAUUUGCGAAGAAACAUAACGUCGUUCGCCACAUGCAACAGACGCAUCCCGAUGGGAAGCUGUACAAGUCUGAGCUGUGCAGGUGUGACCUGUGCCCGUAUAAAACAGUCAAUAAAGACGCCUUGGAGAAGCACAUGGAAAUCCAUAUGAAAGGGAAGGAGCAUACAUGCGACGUGUGCUCGUACGUCGCUAGUCGUCCUUCUUUAAUGGUGCGGCACAUGCGCAGUCACACGGGGGACAAGCCAUACAAAUGUGAAAUGUGCACCUUUGUCACGGCAUGGCAGGGAACGCUAGAGCGACACGUGCUGAAGAAGCACUGUCAAUUGUAGAUUUCUCCAGGCACUUGCAUGUUUUACUCUUGAGCCUUAAAGAAAUGUGUAGCGUCUGACUCGAGUCUACGAAAAAGAGCCAUUUUGUUAGCACGAAAGUGCACUGUUUUUACAAUCUGAUGCAUUUGGAAGGCCUAUCAAUAGAUUAGUACCUUGACUCAGAGGUCAGAUUUGAGCUGCUACUCAAGUGAUUUUGAAAGCUACUGAGCCAAUAGUCUAUCGAAUCAACAGAGAAUCUUCGAGCAAUGGAAUCAAUAACAGUGUGAACGCGCUCUUUUGUUCGCAGUGUGCUCAAUUCAACAUUACAAAAGGAAAUCAAACCAGUAGGCUCUAAAUAUUGUAUAUCCCCUUGUGCGACAGUGGCUUUUUUGUGUAUGCGACUUGUUUAUGCUAGCUGUGUCAACGUGUGGCAAAAAGAGAACAAUAUACAAUGUUGAAUAAAUGAAUUAAACCUUCAGUA